UAAGUAUAUGAUUUAGGUUUUCCCCAGUCAACACUUGAGCAAAUUACAACUCUUGAUGUAUUUAAUAUGAUGAAACUAACACUUCUUCUCUAAAUCUUUCAAAAACCUUUAACUUUAUACCUGAUGAAUCCAUUGUUGUUUUUGUUGAUUCUCCUUGUAUGCAAUCGCAACCCUCGCUUAUCUGCUCUAAAUGAUGAAGCUCUUGCUCUUUUAUCCUUCAAACAAUCCCUCGAAAAUGACACCGGUGCCUAUCUCAUCAACUGGAACUCAUCUGAUCCGAAUCCAUGUUCAUGGCAUGGAGUUUCAUGUAGAAAUCAGAAAGUUCAUGCUCUUAUCGUUCCCAACAUCGGACUAUCUGGUUACCUGUCUCCUGCACUCGCAAACCUCUCCUCGAUUCGUCAUGUUAACCUCGAGAACAACUCAUUUCGCGGAACGUUACCUACCGAGCUCUUUGGUGCAACUAGGCUGAAGAGCUUGGUAGUUUCAGGUAAUUCCUUAUACGGACCACUUCCGUCCCAAGUCGGGAACCUUAAGAACCUACGAACGUUUGAUGUUUCACGGAAUCUAUUCAAUGGCUCGGUACCUUCGUCUAUAGUUCAAUGCAAGAAAUUAACAACACUUGUUCUCAGUCAAAAUUAUUUCAGCGGCUCAUUCCCCGAGGGAUUUGGAAACAGUUUGGUUAGCCUUCAGAAGCUCAAUCUUUCUUACAACAGAUUCGACGGUUCAAUCCCUGGUGACAUUGGAAACUUGUCGAAUUUGCACGGUACUCUCGAUCUGUCUCACAAUUUCUUCACUGGUGAGAUUCCAGCUAGCCUAGGAAGCCUCCCUGAGGAAGUGUAUAUCGAUCUCAGUUACAAUAAUCUUACCGGUCCGAUACCGCAGAAUGGUGCUUUAGGAAAUGCAGGGCCAACAGCUUUCAUAGGCAACCCUUCGCUUUGUGGAUUACCAUUGAAAAUUCCGUGUCAUUCAUCCAAUAAGCCAAUUCCAAUUAAGCCAUUUCAGAGAUCGAUAAAGCGUGGGGAAGGCGGUAGGGUGAUUAAAACCAUUGCAGGUGUGAUGGUAGGACUCUGCUUCAUUGGAUUCAUGUUCUCUUAUUGGUACAAGAAGGCCUAUGUCUGCAACGGAGUUCGGAAAGUCACCGGCUAUCGUUUGGAAGAGAAACUGAUGAUUGGUAGGGACAUAUUCUGCUUUGCAAGAAGAGACAAUGACACUCUAUCAGAAAACAUGGAGCAGUGCAACUUUGUUCCAUUAGACACCAAGGUCGACUUCGAUCUCGAACAGCUUCUUAAAGCAUCUGCUUUUCUCCUGGGGAAGAGUUCAAGUGGGAUUCUAUAUAAAGUGGUGCUCGACAACGGACUAGCUGUGGCGGUGAGAAGACUUGGAGACGGAGGUGGACAAAGACUCAAGGAGUUUCAAACCGAAGUUGAAGCGAUUGGGAAAAUCAGGCAUCCGAACAUAGUUAAUCUUCGAGCUUAUUGUUGUUCGGAUGAUGAGAAGCUGCUCAUAUAUGAUUACAUAACCAAAGGAGAUCUUGCUGCUGCAAUUCAUGGGAAAUCCGGAAUUGUGAACUUUAAACCGCUUUUGUGGCCAGUUCGAGUAAAAAUCAUGAAAGGAAUAGCCAAGGGAUUAGCCUUCUUACACGAAUUCAGUCUGAAAAGGUACGUUCAUGGAAAUCUGAAGCCGAGCAACAUUCUUCUUGGAGAGGAUAUGGAGCCUCGUAUUUCCGAUUUCGGACUCAGUCGCCUCGCCAACAUAACCGAGGAAUCACCUGAAUUUCAGGUGGAACAACAGAUGGCAAUUUGGACACCAGAACAAAGUUCUCCAUUCGAGUUAACACCAAUAAAUUCAUCUUCGAACGGAUCGUAUUACCGAGCACCGGAAGCCUUGAAUGACACGAAACCAUCACAGAAAUGGGAUGUGUACUCAUUUGGAGUGAUAUCACUGGAGAUGAUCUCUGGAAAGUUGCCAAGCAUUCAAGUAGGUUCUUCGGAGAUGGAUUUGGUUCAAUGGAUUCAACUCGGGAUGGAUGAAAGGAAGCCGCUGUCGUCCAUCAUUGAUCCCUCCUUAGCUCAUAGUUGGGUUGAGGAAGACAACAUAACCGCCAUACUCAAGCUUGCACUGGCCUGCAUCCAUAAGAGUCCAGAUAGGAGACCUUCAAUGAGGUUUGUGAGUUAUAGUCUCGAGAAAUUGACUUCAUAAUAAGUUGAUACCAUCAAUUGGAUCAGAGAGAGAGCUGAACUGUAUUUUUUUUUUUUUUUGACAUAUUUCGGACAAAUUCCCAUACAUGUAAAAUAUUCAUUUCAUUUCUCUUAGAAGGAUGGAUUCAUCACUUACUAUGAACAUUAGCAGAAUAAAUAUUUAUUUGUUACUAUGAACAUAAUAAGUUUUUUU